AUGGAUGAAGGCCACACGGAUGAAAGUUACAAGAAUAAAGGCCUCAAAGAUGAAGGCAACAUGGAUGAAGGCCACACGGAUGAAGACCUCAGGGAAAUGGCGAAACAGAUGAACGCCACUCGGAUAAAGGCCAGACGGAUGAAGUCCACCCAGAUGAAGGCUAAACAGAUAAAUGCCACACGGAUGAAGGCCACAGGGAUAGAUGUAGACCAUUUGGAUGAAGGCUACACGAAUGAAGGCCAGAAGGAUGAAGGCCAGAAGGAUGAAGGUCAUACGGAUGAAAGCAACAAGGAUGAAGGCCACAAGGAUGAAGGCCAAAAGGAUGAAGACCACAAGGAUGAAAGCCACACUAAUGUAGACCACAGAUAUGAAGGCCAUAAGGAUGAAGGCCACUCAGGUGAAGGCUACACAGAUAAAUGCCACAUGGAUGAAGGUCACAGGGAUGUAGACCACUAG